ACUCAAUUCCAAUUCUCAAAGGACAUAUGAAAAAAAGGAAGGAAUAGAGGAAAUUGUGGAAAAACAUGGAGGCUGACUUGGUUAAGGCGAAUGAUAGAAAACGAUCAUUGCAUGAAAACAAUGAGCUUUCAAUUAAUUCUGAUUCUUUUCCAAUAGCCAAUAUCGAAAUAAAUGAUAGUUUUGUAGAAGUAAAUGAGCCACAAACUUCAUAUGCGGGAACUUUAGAGGCGGGCAAGGAUGCAUCCCAGAUAUUUUCAGAAACAAGGUCAGCAAUUAAAAAGAAAGUCAAGUUUAGGAAAAGAAUGGAGCAGCUUGAUUCCUUGGACUGUAGUGAUCAAAGUCAAAUUGAUAAGCAUCCUGAGGAAGUUGGCCUUACUAACACUGAUCAAACGGAUACUGUUUCAGGUCCAACUCAAUUGGAUGAAGGAAAUAGUGAAGAAAAGAUUGAUUCAUUUGAUGCAAAUGAAACAAAUGAUGUAUCUCUUGCUAUUGGUAUACCUCCUAUUAGUCACUCAAGGAAAAAACUUAUUGUUCUUGAUUUGAAUGGGAUUCUGGCUGAUAUAGUCUAUGCUCCGCCGAAUGAUUACACUCCAGAUGCAUACAUUGCAGGAAGGGCAAUUUUUAAGAGACCCUACUGUGAUGAUUUUUUAAAGUUUUGUUGUGAGAGGUUUGAAGUUGGUAUCUGGUCUUCAAGACAUAGGAAAAAUGUGGAAAAGUUUAUUGAUUAUCUGAUGGGAGAUAUGAAACGUAAAUUGCUGUUUUGUUGGGAUUCAUCCGACUGCACCGCGACCCAAUUCAAUACUCCCGGGCAUAAAAAUAAGCCCUUGGUCUUUAAAGAUUUGAGGAAGCUUUGGCGAAAACAUGAUCCUGACCUUCCAUGGGAGAAGGGAUACUAUAACGAGUCAAACACAUUGUUGAUAGACGAUUCUCCCUACAAAGCACUGCUUAAUCCUCCACACACUGCAAUAUUUCCACAUUCAUUCAAGUUCAACAUGAACGAUAAUAUAUUAGGCAAAGGAGGUGAUCUUAAAGUUUACUUGGAAAGGUUAGCGUCUGCUGAUAACGUACACAACUUUGUCGAGCAAAACCCAUUUGGUCAGAUAGCUAUCACUGAAAGAAACCAAGAUUGGGGUUUCUACAGCCAGGUUAUCGAUUCGUGUCUCCGGUCCGAACUAUGAAAUAACGUGGAUCUUCCAUCAUCACUUGUGGUUCGAACUCUGUUACUUGAAAUGAAAGUUUAGCAUAAGCAACUUACAUGCAAUAAAAAAUUCAUAGAAAAUAUGAAACAUAAGGCCUAGUGCGGAUUCAUUUCCGGGAAUUGCUUACUUUUUGCUUAGAUUUUGGUCCCGUGGUUUCAUAAUUUGGUCUUGCUGUUGGAUCAU